AUGGAUGUUGUCUCCAUGGGGACUGUGAGGAUGUCCCAGAUGUGGAUGCUGAUAUGGGUCGUCCAGCUGAUGGGGCUGCAGUCUGUACAAGCAGGCUUCUUGGGGGACUAUGGGGAUGAUUUGAAGGAUCCUAUGGACUUUACAGCCUGGCCGCCAACAACAACAACAGAAUCUGUUUCUCUUGGUUUAGUUCAACCGAAUCCUGAUCAUCAGUCCACGAUCUGCAGCACAUGGGGAAAUUUCCACUUCAAGACCUUUGAUGGUCAGUUCUUUCAAGUGCCAGACACGUGCAACUACGUUCUGUCAGUGAUGUGUGACAUUGAAGUUUCUGAUUUUAACAUCCAAAUGCAAAGAGAGACUGUGAAUGGCUCAAUCACUUUUAGCACAGUCACAAUAAAGCUGGAGGGAACAAUCAUCAAAAUCACUAAUGGUGACAUAACCAUGGAUGAUCAAGCGGUGUCGAUUCCGAUCAAUCAGAAUGGAAUUAAAAUUGAGGGAACCCCAACAAGUAUUAAAGUCUCCAGAUAUGGAGUGACUGUCUUCUGGGAAGAAGACAACUCUAUAUUGAUUGAACUUGCAGAGAAGUACCAAGGUCAGACCUGUGGACUCUGUGGAAACUACAACGGCAACAAGAAUGACGAUAUCCCUGAAACUGGUCCAGCCACCUGGAAGGUUUCUACACCAACUGAAUCCUGCGAGGAUGUUACACUUCCUCCUGGGGAUCAGUGUGACCAGGUAUGAGACAAACACCUAAGUGCUUGCCAGCAGUAUCUCAGCAGUCCGGGGUUUAGUGACUGUUACAAUGUGAUGGACAUGGGUUCAUUUGAAAAAGCCUGUGUAGACGACCUGUGUCAGUGUUACGGCAAUCACGACUGUCUCUGCAACACACUCACAGAGAUUUCACGACAGUGCACUCAUGCUGGAGGAAAACCACAAACAUGGAGGACAGAACAGCUCUGUUCAAAGACAUGUCCUCUGAACUUGCAAUACAUGGAGUGUGGGAGUCCGUGCAAGAACACCUGCUCAGAUCCAACCACAAGUCUACUGUGUAAAGAACACUGUGUGGAUGGCUGUUUCUGCCCUAACGGCACUGUGGAAGACGACAUUGGACAGAGUGGCUGUGUUUCUGUGAACAAGUGUCCUUGUGUGCACGACGGCAGAGUAUAUCAAUCAGGAGAGUCUUACAAACAAACUUGCAAAAAAUGUAUGUGCGCUGCUGGACACUGGACUUGUACAUACCUGGAAUGUCCCGGAAUCUGCUCUGUUGUUGGAGGGUCUCACGUCACCACUUAUGAUGGAAAGACCUUCACCUUCAGCGGCAACUGUGACUACAUCCUCACUAAGCACUCUAAUGACAGUGAUAUUGCUGUCGUGGGAAAUCUGGCAAAGUGUGAUCCGGCCCGAACAGACACAUGUCUAAAUUCAGUUACCCUUGUCAUUUCGGGCAACACUAUUAGUAUUGCCUCCAAUGGUGUUGUGGCGCUGAAUGGAAACAGUCCAUAUAAGCUUCCUGCCACCACAGGUCCCGUGAGCAUCUUCCAGCCCACUUCCUCUUUCAUCAUUGCUGAUAUGAAGAGUCUUCGUCUAGAGAUCCAGUUGGCUCCAGUCAUGCAGUUGUAUAUUGUAGCCAGCACUGAAGAGAAAGGGAAAAUGAGUGGUCUAUGUGGAAACUAUAAUGAUGUCCAAUCAGAUGACUUCAAAACAGAGUCGGGUAUCAUAGAGGGCACACCAAUAACAUUUGUCAAUUUUUGGAAGAAAAACCCAUACAGUUGUCCAGAUCUUGAAAACACAUUUGACAACCCCUGUAGCUUGAGUGUGGACACAGAGAAACUUGCUAAAGACUGGUGUUCCCGUCUUACAAACCAGAGCGGAGUCUUUUCCGCAUGUCAUUCAGAAAUAUGUCCUGAGAUUUACUACCAAUGGUGUGUCUAUGACACCUGCAAAUGUGCAGAUAUUAGGAAGUGUAUGUGUGCCGCCGUGUCCAACUAUGCCCAUGCCUGUGCUGCCAGAGGAGUCAUUCUCCAGGGCUGGAUGGAUUCUGACCCCUGUGUAUCUGAGUGUUCAGAAAACAUGCAGUACUCCUACAGUGUGUCCAGCUGUGGCAGCACCUGCCGCAGUCUCAGUGAACAAAGUAACACCUGCCCAGGGUCCUUCACACCUGUAGACGGCUGCGUCUGUUCUGAGGGAAAAUACCUUAACGAAGAAGGCAGUUGUGUGCCUGCCCACCAGUGUCCUUGUUACAAAGGCAACCAGGUCAUAGAACCGUCGGGAACAUCCUACAUAGAUGGUGUAGCAUGCACAUGUACCCUUGGGAAAUUGCACUGCUCCAGUCCAGAAGACUGUGUGGCUCCAAUGGUCUUCUUCAAAUGCUCAAAUUAUGAACAUGGAACAAAAGGGACAGAGUGUCAGAGGACCUGCCAGAACCAAGACCUAUACAACUGCGUGAGUACAGGGUGUGUAUCAGGGUGUAUGUGUCCAGAUGACCUUCUGGCUGAUGGAAAAGGUGGGUGUGUGGAGAGGAAAAACUGCUCCUGUGUCCACAAUGGACUCAGCUAUUUACCUGGAGAGCAAGUUCAAGAGGACUGUAACACCUGCACAUGCACAAAUGGAAUGUGGACUUGUACAGAUAAUGACUGUUAUGGCACCUGUACCAUCUAUGGUGAAGGUCAUUUCAUGACUUUUGAUCGCAAGAAAUAUUCUUUCCAUGGAGACUGUGAACACAUCUUAGCCCAUGAUAACUGCAAUAAUGAACAGAGUCCAUAUUCUCUACGCCUGGUCACAGAGAACAUCCCCUGUGGCACCAGCGGCACCAUUUGUUCCAAAUCCAUCAAUCUUUUCUUUGGGAGAUACAAGAUGAUUUUAUCGGAGGAGAGUGGGAUCAAAGUUGUUGAAACCAAUGGCACUGAUUACCAAUAUCAAAUCCAUACUGCUGGAAUAUACAAUGUCAUAGAGGUCAAAGGUCUUUUGAACUUAAUCUGGGACAAUAAAACGAGUCUGAUGCUCCAACUUCAUCCUAAAUUUAACGGCAAGGUCUGUGGACUCUGUGGAAACUUUGACGGUAAUGCGAACAAUGACUUUCUGAAGCAUGAUGGAGAAGAGGUCACUGAUGCAGUGGCAUUUGGAAACAGCUGGAGGGUGAAUCCUAGCUGUCCAGAAAUGAGCAACUUGAUGAAUCCAUGUGAAAAAAAUCCACAUCGGAGGGCCUGGGCUAUCAAACAAUGCAGCAUCAUCACAAGCCCUGUCUUUACAAACUGCCAUUCACGUGUGGAUUCUGGCCCAUACUAUGAUGCCUGUGUAAGGGACACCUGUGCAUGUGACAGUGGGGGUGACUGUGAUUGUUUCUGUACCGCAGUGGCAGCUUACGCUGCUGAAUGUCGUAAAAAAGGAGCUUGUGUGGCAUGGCGGAGCCCAAGCAUAUGUCCUUUAUUCUGUGACUACUACAACAGCCCUCCAAAUGAAUGUGAAUGGCACUAUAAAACCUGCGGAUCCACCUGCAUGAGAACUUGCAGAAACCCAUCAGGAACUUGUUCUAAUCAAAUUCCUCUACUAGAGGGGUGUUUUCCUCAGUGCCCUUCAAAAAGGCCAUUUCUGAGGGAGGACACAAUGAAAUGUGUUACAGAGGCAGAAUGUCGUUCUCUGUGUACCUAUGAUGGGAAGAUCUACACUACUGGACAAGUGGUGUACGAUACCACAGAUGGGAAUGGCACAUGUUUUACUGCUGUGUGUGGUUCCAACGGCAUGAUAAUAAGAAAUAUUAAAAAAUGCAUUACAACAACUACGCCAUUCACUUUCACAACUCCACCACAAACUACUAAAACAACAAUUAUAAUAACAGUUACAAAGACUUCCACUUCAAUACCUACUACAGUAACACUAACAACGCCAGUAUCUACUACUGCUAUUACUGCUCCAACACCAUCUACAGAAACACCACCGCCUCCCACAGGACCCGAAACACCAUCCACAGCUACUACAACUGCUGGUCCACCAACACCUACAUCACCAGGAGUUUCUACUACUGCUGUUACUACUGAAACACCAAUCACAGAAAUGCCACCACCUCCCACAAGACCAGAAACACCAUCCACAGCUACUACAACUGCUGGUCCACCAACACCUACAUCACCAGGAGUUACUACUACUGCUGUUACUGCUCCUACUCCAUCUACAGAAACACCACCACCUCCCACAGGACCAGAAACACCAUCCACAGCUACUACAACUGCUGGUCCACCAACACCUACAUCACCAGGAGUUUCUACUACUGCUGUUACUGCUCCUACUCCUACUCCAUCUACAGAAACACCACCACCUCCCACAGGACCAGAAACACCAUCCACAGCUACUACAACUGCUGGUCCACCAACACCUACAUCACCAGGAGUUUCUACUACUGCUGUUACUGCUCCUACUCCAUCUACAGAAACACCACCACCUCCCACAGGACCAGAAACACCAUCCACAGCUACUACAACUGCUGGUCCACCAACACCUGCAUCACCAGGAGUUUCUACUACUGCUGUUACUGCUCCUACGCCAUCUACAGAAACACCACCACCACCGACACGAGCAGAAACACCAUCCACAGCUACUACAACUGCUGGUCCACCAACACCUACAUCACCAGGAGUUUCUACUACUGCUGUUACUGCUCCUACAUCACCAGGAGUUUCAACUACUGCUGUUACUGCUUCUACUCCAUCUAAAGAAACACAACCACCUCCCACAGGACCAGAAACACCAUCCACAGCUACUACAACUGCUGGUCCACCAACACCUACAUCACACCACAUUUCUACUACUGCUGUUACUGCUCCUACUCCAUCUACAGAAACACCACCGCCUCCCACAGGACCCGAAACACCAUCCACAGCUACUACAACUGCUGGUCCACCAACACCUACAUCACCAGGAGUUUCAACUACUGCUGUUACUGCUCCUACUCCAUCUACAGAAACACCACCACCUCCCACAGGACCCGAAACACCAUCUACAGCUACUACAACUGCUGGUCCACCAACACCUACAUCACCAGGAGUUUCUACUACUGCUGUUACUGCUCCUACAUCACCAGGAGUUUCAACUACUGCUGUUACUGCUCCAACUCCAUCUACAGAAACACCACCGCCUCCCACAGGACCCGAAACACCAUCCACAGCUACUACAACUGCUGGUCCACCAACACCUACAUCACACCACAUUUCUACUACUGCUGUUACUGCUCCUACUCCAUCUACAGAAACACCACCGCCUCCCACAGGACCCGAAACACCAUCCACAGCUACUACAACUGCUGGUCCACCAACACCUACAUCACCAGGAGUUUCAACUACUGCUGUUACUGCUCCUACUCCAUCUACAGAAACACCACCACCUCCCACAGGACCCGAAACACCAUCUACAGCUACUACAACUGCUGGUCCACCAACACCUACAUCACCAGGAGUUUCUACUACUGCUGUUACUGCUCCUACAUCACCAGGAGUUUCAACUACUGCUGUUACUGCUCCAACUCCAUCUACAGAAACACCACCGCCUCCCACAGGACCCGAAACACCAUCCACAGCUACUACAACUGCUGGUCCACCAACACCUACAUCAACAGAACUUUCUACUACUGCUGUUACUGCUCCUACGCCAUCUACAGAAACACCACCGCCUCCCACAGGACCCGAAACACCAUCCACAGCUACUACAACUGCUGGUCCACCAACACCUACAUCACCAGGACUUUCUACUACUGCUGUUACUGCUCCUACUUCAUCUACAGAAACACCACCGCCUCCCACAGGACCCGAAACACCAUCCACAGCUACUACAACUGCUGGCCCACCAACACCUACAUCAGCAGGACUUUCAACUGCUGCUGUUACUGCUCCUACAUCACCAGGAGUUUCAACUACUGCUGUUACUGCUCCUACUCCAUCUACAGAAACACCACCACCUCCGACACGAGCAGAAACACCAUCCACAGCUACUACAACUGCUGGUCCACCAACACCUACAUCACCAGGAGUUUCUACUACUGCAGUUACUGCUCCUACAUCACCAGGAGUUUCAACUACUGCUGUUACUGCUCCUACUCCAUUUACAGAAACGCCACCACCUCCCACAGGACCCGAAACACCAUCCACAGCUACUACAACUGCUGGUCCACCAACACCUACAUCACCAGGAGUUUCUACUACUGCCAUUACUGCUCCAACACCAUCUACAGAAACACCACCACCUCCGACACAAGCAGAAACACCAUCCACAGCUACUACAACUGCUGGUCCACCAACACCUGCAUCACCAGGAGUUUCUACUACUGCUAUUACUGCUCCUACUUCAUCUACAGAAACACCACCGCCUCCCACAGGACCCGAAACACCAUCCACAGCUACUACAACUGCUGGUCCACCAACACCUACAUCACCAGGACUUUCAACUACUGCUGUUACUGCUCCUACUCCAUCUACAGAAACACCACCGCCUCCCACAGGACCCGAAACACCAUCCACAGCUACUACAACUGCUGGUCCAUCAACACCUACAUCACCAGGAGUUUCUACUACUGCUGUUACUGCUCCUACAUCACCAGGAGUUUCAACUACUGCUGUUACUGCUCCUACUCCAUCUACUGAAACGCCACCGCCUCCCACAGGACCCGAAACACCAUCCACAGCUACUACAACUGCUGGUCCACCAACACCUACAUCACCAGGAGUUUCUACUACUGCCAUUACUGCUCCAACACCAUCUACAGAAACACCACCACCUCCGACACGAGCAGAAACACCAUCCACAGCUACUACAACUGCUGGUCCACCAACACCUGCAUCACCAGGAGUUUCUACUACUGCUAUUACUGCUCCUACUUCAUCUACAGAAACACCACCGCCUCCCACAGGACCAAACACCAUCCACAGCUACUACAACUGCUGGUCCACCAACACCUACAUCACCAGGAGACCCGAAACACCAUCCACAGCUACUACAACUGCUGGUCCACCAACACCUACAUCACCAGGACUUUCAACUACUGCUGUUACUGCUCCUACUCCAUCUACAGAAACACCACCGCCUCCCACAGGACCCGAAACACCAUCCACAGCUACUACAACUGCUGGUCCAUCAACACCUACAUCACCAGGAGUUUCUACUACUGCUGUUACUGCUCCUACAUCACCAGGAGUUUCAACUACUGCUGUUACUGCUCCUACUCCAUUUACAGAAACGCCACCGCCUCCCACAGGACCCGAAACACCAUCCACAGCUACUACAACUGCUGGUCCACCAACACCUACAUCACCAGGAGUUUCUACUACUGCCGUUACUGCUCCAACACCAUCUACAGAAACACCACCACCUCCGACACGAGCAGAAACACCAUCCACAGCUACUACAACUGCUGGUCCACCAACACCUACAUCACCAGGAGUUUCUACUACUGCUAUUACUACUCCUACUUCAUCUACAGAAACACCACCGCUUCCCACAGGACCCGAAACACCAUCCACAGCUACUACAACUGCUGGUCCACCAACACCUACAUCACCAGGAGUUUCUACUACUGCUGUUACUGCUCCUACUCCAUCUACUGAAACGCCACUGCCUCCCACAGGACCCGAAACACCAUCCACAGCUACUACAACUGCUGGUCCACCAACACCUACAUCACCAGGACUUUCAACUACUGCUGUUACUGCUCCUACUCCAUCUACAGAAACACCACCGCCUCCCACAGGACCCGAAACACCAUCCACAGCUACUACAACUGCUGGUCCACCAACACCUACAUCACCAGGAGUUUCUACUACUGCUGUUACUGCUCCUACUCCAUCUACUGAAACACCACCGCCUCCCACAGGACCAAACACCAUCCACAGCUACUACAACUGCUGGUCCACCAACACCUACAUCACCAGGACUUUCAACUACUGCUGUUACUGCUCCUACUCCAUCUACAGAAACACCACCACCUCCGACACGAGCAGAAACACCAUCCACAGCAACUACAACUGCUGGUCCACCAACACCUACAUCACCAGGAGACCCGAAACACCAUCCACAGCUACUACAACUGCUGGUCCACCAACACCUACACCAGGAGUGUCUACUACUGCUGUUACUGCUCCUACUCCAUCUACUGAAACGCCACCGCCUCCGACAGGACCCGAAACACCAUCCACAGCUACUACAACUGCUGGUCCACCAACACCUACAUCACCAGGAGUUUCUACUACUGCUUUUACUGCUCCUACUCCAUCUACAGAAACACCACCGCCUCCCACAGGACCCGAAACACCAUCCACAGCUACUACAACUGCUGGUCCACCAACACCUACAUCAUCAGGAGUUUCUACUACUGCUGUUACUGCUCCUACUCCAUCUACAGAAACACCACCGCCUCCCACAGGACCCGAAACACCAUCCACAGCUACUACAACUGCUGGUCCACCAACACCUACAUCACCAGGAGUUUCUACUACUGCUGUUACUGCUCCUACUCCAUCUACAGAAACACCACCGCCUCCCACAGGACCCGAAACACCAUCCACAGCUACUACAACUGCUGGUCCACCAACACCUACAUCACCAGGACUUUCUACUACUGCUUUUACUGCUCCUACUCCAUCUACUGAAACACCACCGCCUCCCACAGGACCUGAAACACCAUCCACAGCUACUACAACUGCUGGUCCACCAACACCUACAUCACCAGGACUUUCAACUACUGCUGUUACUGCUCCUACUCCAUCUACAGAAACACCACAACCUCCGACACGAGCAGAAACACCAUCCACAGCAACUACAACUGCUGGUCCACCAACACCUACAUCACCAGGAGUUUCUACUACUGCUGUUACUGCUCCUACUCCAUCUACAGAAACACCACCGCCUCCCACAGGACCAAACACCAUCCACAGCUACUACAACUGCUGGUCCACCAACACCUACAUCACCAGGAGACCUGAAACACCAUCCACAGCUACUACAACUGCUGGUCCACCAACACCUACAUCACCAGGACUUUCAACUACUGCUGUUACUGCUCCUACUCCAUCUACAGAAACACCACAACCUCCGACACGAGCAGAAACACCAUCCACAGCAACUACAACUGCUGGUCCACCAACACCUACAUCACCAGGAGUUUCUACUACUGCUGUUACUGCUCCUACUUCAUCUACAGAAACACCACCGCCUCCCACAGGACCCGAAACACCAUCCACAGCUACUACAACUGCUGGUCCACCAACACCUACACCAGGAGUGUCUACUACUGCUGUUACUGCUCCUACUCCAUCUACAGAAACACCACCACCUCCCACAGGUCCCGAAACACCAUCCACAGCUACUACAACUGCUGGUCCACCAACACCUACAUCACCAGGAGUUUCUACUACUGCUGUUACUGCUCCAACACCAUCUACAGAAACGCCACCGCCUCCCACAGGACCCGAAACACCAUCCACAGCUACUACAACUGCUGGUCCACCAACACCUACAUCACCAGGACUUUCAACUACUUCUGUUACUGCUCCUACUCCAUCUACAGAAACACCACCACCUCCGACACGAGCAGAAACACCAUCCACAGCUACUACAACUGCUGGUCCACCAACACCUACAUCACCAGGAGUUUCUACUACUGCUGUUACUGCUCCUACUCCAUCUACUGAAACUCCACCGCCUCCCACAGGACCUGAAACUCCAUCCACAGCUACUACAACUGCUGGUCCACCAGCACCUACAUCACCAGGACUUUCAACUACUGCUGUUACUGCUCCUACUCCAUCUACAGAAACGGCACCGCCUCCCACAGGACCCGAAACACCAUCCACAGCUACUACAACUGCUGGUCCACCAACACCUACAUCACCAGGAGUUUCUACUACUGCUGUUACUGCUCCAACACCAUUUACAGAAACACCACCGCCUCCCACAGGACCCGAAACACCAUCCACAGCUACUACAACUGCUGGUCCACCAACACCUACAUCACCAGGAGUUUCUACUACUGCUGUUACUGCUCCUACUCCAUCUACUGAAACGCCACCGCCUCCCACAGGACCCGAAACACCAUCCACAGCUACUACAACUGCUGGUCCACCAACACCUACAUCACCAGGAGUUUCUACUACUGCUGUUACUGCUCCUACUCCAUCUACUGAAACGCCACCGCCUCCCACAGGACCCGAAACACCAUCCACAGCUACUACAACUGCUGGUCCACCAACACCUACAUCACCAGGAGUUUCUACUACUGCUGACCAAACACCAUCCACAGCUACUACAACUGCUGGUCCACCAACACCUACAUCACCAGGAGUUUCUACUACUGCUGUUACUGCUCCUACUCCAUCUACUGAAACGCUACAGCCUCCCACAGGACCCGAAACACCAUCCACAGCUACUACAACUGCUGGUCCACCAACACCUACAUCACCAGGAGUUUCUACUACUGCAGUUACUGCUCCUACAUCACCAGGAGUUUCAACUACUGCUAUUACUGCUCCUACUCCAUCUACAGAAACGCCACCGCCUCCCACAGGACCCGAAACACCAUCCACAGCUACUACAACUGCUGGUCCACCAACACCUACAUCACCAGGAGUUUCUACUACUGCUGUUACUGCUCCAACACCAUCUCCAGAAACACCACCGCCUCCCACAGGACCCGAAACACCAUCCACAGCUACUACAACUGCUGGUCCACCAACACCUACAUCACCAGGAGUUUCUACUACUGCUGUUACUGCUCCUACCCCAUCUACAGAAACACUACCACCUCCGACACGAGCAGAAACACCAUCCUCAGCUACUACAACUGCUGGUCCACCAACACCUACAUCACCAGGAGUUUCUACUACUGCUGUUACUGCUCCAACACCAUCUACAGAAACACCACCGCCUCCCACAGGACCAGAAACACCAUCCACAGCUACUACAACUGCUGGUCCACCAACACCUACAUCACCAGGACUUUCUACUACUGCUGUUACUGCUCCUACAUCACCAGGAGUUUCAACUACUGCUGUUACUGCUCCUACUCCAUCUACAGAAACGCCACCGCCUCCCACAGGACCCGAAACACCAUCCACAGCUACUACAACUGCUGGUCCACCAACACCUACAUCACCAGGAGUUUCUACUACUGCUGUUACUGCUCCUACUCCAUCUACAGAAACAACACUACCUCCGACACGAGCAGAAACACCAACCACAGCUACUACAACUGCUGGUCCACCAACACCUACAUCACCAGGACUUUCAACUACUGCUGUUACUGCUCCUACUCCAUCUACAGAAACACCACCGCCUCCCACAGGACCCGAAACACCAUCCACAAAACACCACCGCCUCCCACAGGACCAAACACCAUCCACAGCUACUACAACUGCUGGUCCACCAACACCUACAUCACCAGGAGUUUCUACUACUGCUGUUACUGCUCCUACUCCAUCUACAGAAACACCACCACCUCCCACAGGACCAGAAACACCAUCCACAGCUACUACAACUGCUGGUCCACCAACACCUACAUCACCAGGACUUUCUACUACUGCUGUUACUGCUCCUACUCCAUCUACAGAAACACCACCGCCUCCCACAGGACCCGAAACACCAUCCACAGCUACUACAACUGCUGGUCCACCAACACCUACAUCACCAGGAGUUUCUACUACUGCAGUUACUGCUCCUACAUCACCAGGAGUUUCAACUACUGCUGUUACUGCUCCUACUCCAUCUACAGAAACGCCACCGCCUCCCACAGGACCCGAAACACCAUCCACAGCUACUACAACUGCUGGUCCACCAACACCUACAUCACCAGGAGUUUCUACUACUGCUGUUACUGCUCCUACUCCAUCUACAGAAACACCACCACCUCCGACACGAGCAGAAACACCAUCCACAGCUACUACAACUGCUGGUCCACCAACACCUACAUCACCAGGACUUUCAACUACUGCUGUUACUGCUCCUACUCCAUCUACAGAAACACCACCGCCUCCCACAGGACCCGAAACACCAUCCACAGCUACUACAACUGCUGGUCCACCAACACCUACAUCACCAGGAGUUUCUACUACUGCUGUUACUGCUCCAACACCCUCUACAGAAACGCCACCGCCUCCCACAGGACCAGAAACACCAUCCACAGCUACUACAACUGCUGGUCCACCAACACCUACAUCACCAGGAGUUUCUACUACUGCUGUUACUGCUCCUACUCCAUCUACUGAAACGCCACCGCCUCCCACAGGACCCGAAACACCAUCCACAGCUACUACAACUGCUGGUCCACCAACACCUACAUCACCAGGAGUUUCUACUACUGCUGUUACUGCUCCAACACCCUCUACAGAAACGCCACCGCCUCCCACAGGACCAGAAACACCAUCCACAGCUACUACAACUGCUGGUCCACCAACACCUACAUCACCAGGAGUUUCUACUACUGCUGUUACUGCUCCUACUCCAUCUACUGAAACGCCACCGCCUCCCACAGGACCAAACACCAUCCACAGCUACUACAACUGCUGGUCCACCAACACCUACAUCACCAGGAGUUUCAACUACUGCUGUCCCGAAACACCAUCCACAGCUACUACAACUGCUGGUCCACCAACACCUACAUCACACCACAUUUCUACUACUGCUCUUACUGCUCCUACUCCAUCUACAGAAACACCACCACCUCCCACAGGACCAGAAACACCAUCCACAGCUACUACAACUGCUGGUCCACCAACACCUACAUCACCAGGAAUUUCUACUACUGCUGUUACUGCUCCUACUCCAUCUACAGAAACACCACCACCUCCCACAGGAACAGAAACGCCUCCGACACAAUCAACAAUUGUUACAUCAACAGUUUUGACAGAAACACCUACAGUGACAGAAAUGCCAUCAACAAAGUUCACUAUAUAUACAGAAUCACCACCUGAAACGACACAGACUAAAUCACCUCAAAUUGUCAUCACAACUAUCUGUCACUGUACAUUUGCAAAUCAAACUUUCCCACCUGAGUCAGUCAUUUACAACAAAACUGAUAAAGCUGGCUGGUGCUACUUUGCUUACUGCAACUCCAAUUGUGUUAGUGAAAUAACGCAGAAACCAUGCCCUCAGACUACUACGGUUCCAGUUUCAACUGUUCCAAAUGACUGUAGAGAUAUCAACAGAAAGAAUGGAGAGACAUGGAAUGAAGGAUGCACCACUAAAAACUGCAUAAAUGGGAAUGUUACCACAAACCCUGUACAGUGUGAUCCAGCUGAUUCUGUCAUACCUACAUGUGUCAACGGACUUAAUCCUGAGAAGGUUUAUUAUAACAAUGGCUGCUGCACUAAGUACGAGUGUCUAUGUCGAUGCAGUGGCUGGGGUGACCCUCAUUACAAUACAUUUGAUGGAAAAUAUUAUGUUUUCCAAGGAAAUUGCGACUAUGUGUUGGUCAAAGAAAUCAUUCCAAGACACAAUAUCAGUGUCCAUGUUAAAAACUAUUAUUGCGAUGUUACAAAUAAUUUUGCUUGCCCGGAGUAUGUGACUGUGAAGUACAAAUCCUAUGAAAUCAAGCUAGCAAGUAAUAGUAAAGAGAUACAGGUUUAUGUCAAUGACGUUGUGAAGGUCCCAACUUUCUUGAAUAAAGAUUUCAGCAUCACUACCUCUGGCAUGGCAGUGAUUCUUACCAUUAAUGAAAUCAAAGCUGAGAUUUUAGUCAGUCAUCAAGGCUUUGAGAUCAAUCUCCCGUUCUCCUACUUCCAUGGUAAUACAGAGGGACAGUGCGGUGUUUGUGACAACGAUGCCACAAAUGACUGCAGACGUCCCGAUGGAACAACUGAUCAGUCAUGUGAGAAAAUGGCAGCAUUGUGGGCGGACUCCCCAGAAUGUAAAACACCUCCACCACAUCCAAGCGAACCUCUUCCUACCUGCACAGCACAAAUCUGUGAGGUCAUCAAGAGCAAUCUGUUCAAGAGCUGUCAUGACAUCGUUCCCUAUCAAAGCUACUAUGAGGCAUGUAAAUAUGAUGUAUGCUACAAGAAAAAUGACUCCAUGGCCUGUGCCAGUGUGGAGGCCUAUGCACAGCUAUGCGGCCAGCAGUCUAUAUGUGUGGACUGGAGAGACUCAGCUGACCUCAACGGGCAAUGCGCAUACAAAUGUGCUGAUCACAAAGUCUACAAGGCAUGUGGGCCUAAAGUUGAAAGAACCUGCAGUACAAGAUACAAUGAGAUGUUUGUGGAAGACAAAACCAAAACUGGCCACCAAACAUUCAUGGAAGGUUGUUACUGUCCUGGCAACACAUAUCUAGUUAGUUCAACAACAGAUCAAUGCACACCUACUUGUGAUUGCAUUGGCCCUGAUGGAUUACCAAGACAGCCAGGAGAUAAAUGGAUCGUGAACUGUACAACAUACAAAUGCUCCACUGAGAGCUUUGGUGUUGUUCAAGAGCCAAUGACUUGUCCAACCAUAGAGCCCUGUGGCCACGAAUACAAAAGCAUCAUUGAAAACUGCUGUCCAACCUGUGUGUGUGAUACCAGCAAGUGUUCAAUGAAAUGUGAUGUGGGAUAUGAGUUAGCAGCAGAGGUACCUCAGAACAGUUGCUGUCCACCAUGUGUGCCCAAAGAUGUAUGUGUGCACAAUAAUACUGAAUACCAGCCUGGAGUUAAAAUCCCUACAGAGCCUUGUUUGGAAUGUUACUGCCAAAUGGAUAAAGACCCACAGACCCAACUACAUUCUGUGGCAUGUGUUAAUAAAGUCUGUACACCUUGUGCUGAGGGCUUUGAGCGUGUAGAACAAGAAGGAGAGUGCUGUGGAACAUGCAAGCAAAUCAGCUGCAUUUAUACUGCGCCGGACAACACCACACAUACUCUCCAGGUUGGAGAAGUGAAAAAUUACAAUUGUGAGAGUAUUACCUGCAGUGAAAUUAAUGGCAUGUUUGUGACAGAGAAGAUCACACCAAAAUGCCCUUAUUUCAAUCCAGAUGACUGUGAGCCUGGAACUGAGAAAUAUGAUGCAGAUGGAUGUUGCAAGAUCUGUGAGCCCAAGACUUGCAUUGUUUUGAAGAACACAACCCAUGUGCAUGCAAAUGACUGCAAGUCCAUCCACCCCAUAGAAGUGACAUCCUGCAGCGGUCACUGUGGCACCCAAUCAAUGUAUUCAAUGGAAAAGAACAUUAUGAUGCACAUCUGUUCUUGUUGCCGAGAGGAGAAAGUCAACCUUCGAAAGGUGACGCUGAAGUGUGCCGAUGACAGAGAGGUCGUUCAUGACUACAUUUACAUUGAGAGCUGCAAAUGUACUCCUACAAAGUGUGUAGACUAGAAGGCCUGAAGACUUGAUAAAAGAUGCUGAUCUUAAAGCUUUUCAUUUGAUUACUGCUCAUGUGAAUUAAAUUACUUAAGACAAGAGAUAUUUGAAAUAAUGAACACAGCAACAAAUUCAUGCUUUUAUUCUAGGGCUAGGGUUUUCACUUUAAAUAUAAUCUCAAAUGUUUAAAUUAUCUGUAACAAAACUAUUUCAUUUGUCUUUUCUAUGGUAUAAUGAAAGUUCUGUAUAAUUUUGAUGAAAUAAGUGAAUGUUCAACACAAUAAAGAAGUCAA